ACAUGGAGGAGAAGAAACAGAGAAGCGGUGUAGGACACUAUGAAUCAAUGCUCAUUGAAGUGUCAUUCAUUGUCCGAUGGAUGAAAGGAGAACACCAGCAGUCGGAAUUGAUUUGGGAACGUCAUUUUCGUGUGUUGGUGUUUUUCAAAGCGGCAAAGUGGAAAUUAUUGCAAAUGAUCAAGGUAACAGAACAACGCCAAGCUAUGUUGCUUUUUCAGACACGGGUCGGCUCAUUGGAGAUGGAGCCAAAAGUCAGGUAACUACGAAUGCUAUGAACACAGUAUUUGACGCAAAAAGAUUAAUCGGACGCAGGUUUGAUGAUGAGAAUGUGCAGACAGACGUGGUACGUUGGCCAUUCAAAGUCGUUAAUGACGAGGGAAAACCAAAAGUGGAAGUCUUGUACAAGGGAGAAAUUAAGAGAUUCACGCCAGAGGAGAUCAGUUCCAUGGUCCUUGUGAAAAUGAAAAAGAUUGCUGAAACGUAUCUCGGUGAGUCCGUCAAAAACGCCGUUAUUACUGUGCCUGCGUUUUUCAAUACCGCACAAAGGGAGGCAACGAGGGAUGCAGGUACAAUCGCUGGUCUCAAUGUCAUGCGUAUCAUCAAUGAACCUACUGCUGCAGCUCUUGUAUACGGGCUUGAGAAGAACAUUACAGGUGAGAAAAAUGUGUUAGUCUAUGACUUGGGAGGCGGAACAUUUGACGUAUCCAUCUUGACCAUCGACGAGCUAUCUGUUUUUGAAGUCCUGUCGACAGCUGGAGACACUCAUCUUGGAGGUGAAGAUUUUGAUCACAUCAUGGUAAACCAUUUCAUAGAAGAAUUUAAGUUAAAACACGGAAAGAACAUCACAGGUAACAGUCGGUCACUUAGACGCCUGAAAAUAGCCUGUGAGCGCGCAAAGAGGAUACUAUCGAGUAGUACAGAGACCUGCAUUGAGUUGGAUGCAUUUUUUGAGGGCAUUGACUUUUACAGUAAGAUUUCUCGUGCAACUUUUGAAAAACUUUGUAAUGAUUUGUUCCUUCAAACCCUGGAACCGGUGAAGAGAGCAUUACUGGAUGCUAAUUUAGAGACAAACCAAAUUGAUGAAGUGGUAUUAGUGGGAGGAUCAACAAGAAUUCCACAAAUCCAAAAAAUGCUCCAAGAUUUUAUGGGAGUUGAAGUAUUAAAGAGAUCUGUGAACAUAGAUGAAGCUGUGGCAUAUGGUGCAGCAUGUCAGGCUGCCAUCCUUGUUGGAGACAGAGGUGAAUCACUUAAAGACGUUGUUCUAGUGGAUGUAGCUCCUUAUUCCCUGGGCAUUGAGACAGCUGGUGGAUUUAUGGACAACGUUAUUCAAAGAAAUACCAGAAUUCCUGCUGCGGCGUCACAGACAUUUACAACUUUUUACAACAAUCAGCAGGGGGUGGCCAUAAAGAUUUUUGAAGGUGAACGAGCAAUGACCAGGGACAAUAACUUCAUUGGAAAGUUCGAACUGAAAGGCAUUCUUCCAGCAUUAUGUGGUGUUCCUCAGAUAGAGAUCAUAUUUGACAUUGAUGCCAAUGGUAUCGUGGAUGUAACUGCUAGAGACAAGAAAACGGGGAAAUCCAGUCAGAUCACAGUCUCAAAGAACAAGUUGAGGACAAAUGAAAUAGACAGAAUGAAGAACGAAGCAAGGAAGUACCAAGAAGAGGAUGAAGUCGAACGACAAAGAGUAGAAAUUAGAAACAAAAUGGAGUCCUAUUUGAUUUUAUUUCAAGAAAAAGUACGGACUGCUGGUGAAAAGCUUCCGUUGGAGGAAAGAAAUACAGUUUCCAUGGUAUGCAGUGAGACUUUUCGCUGGCUGGACAGUAAUGACAGUAAUUUAAUGGAAUUAAAACGAAAGCUGAAUGAAAUCCAGAAACUGUGCUUGCCCAUCUUUGAAAAACUCCAGAACAGGAUUGAAACAGGAAACCAGAAAUUUUCCAGCGUGGAAAUCAUUUAGCUUCACUCAUUUGUUAACAUUUUACUUUUUUUGGUGAAAAAAUAGAACACAAGCUUUUAACAUGUGUCGCCAUCUCUCAUCGAUGGAAGAUGUCAAGUAACUGCUGAGUUCCUUAUGACUUAAUUCUAAGUCUGUCUGUUUCUCCGAAAUCCGAAAUGUUUAAAAACCAUAUCUACCCUCUGUGCACUGUUAAAAUCGAUAAUUAGAUAUUGUUAGUUUCCAUAGUGGUAUUAUAUACCUUUCUUUUUUUUCUAUCCCCCCCCCCCUUCAUCUUUUUUCUAUAGAUUUUUUUUAUGUUUUUGAACUUGUUAAAACGAUUUAAGGCAGCACUUGUUUUCAAGUGUAUCUUGUUAAUACAUGUAUGUACUCUAGAACUACGGCAACGUUCCUUUUAAGACAUGUUCAAUUCACUCCGUCUUCGUUAUUAUCAUUUACAGUUACAGAUGUGUCGUUUAUUGAUUUUCAAUCUGAAAAUGAUAACAUGACAAAUUAGUCAUCAUUUUCAACUUCAAAUUGAAAAUUAAUAAACCGAUAGAUGUAUCAAGUUUUUUCCUACUUUAUUUGACAUUGACGCUAUUGUAGUUACCUUUACAGUAAAUUUAUUUAUGUCUACUUACAUACUGCUAUCAGUAUCCUGUUUCGAUGUUCUUGUGAUUACCAAUUAUUUAUUUUAUUUCUAUUCUGACAUAUACAGGAGCAUGGCUUUCUGUGAUGCUGUAAGUAUGGUCCAACGUGCUAAAAUAGCUAAGCUAUGCAAUUUUUAAUUCCAUUUAUAUUAAUUUUAUUUAAGUAUAUUAAUUAAUGAAGUGAUAUUCAUUUCAAUAGUUAAAUGUAUCAUAUGAAAUAUGAAUAAACUACUACUAUUUUA